UGGCUUCACUACGAAUAUAAAACGAACUUCAGCUCGGUCACGUUACUGGACUGUUUCCGCUUGGCCAGAACUGAGAUCAUAUGGGAACAGAAAUGGAAAUAGAAACUUACAGCGGCAGUGCUCGGUAAGCCUGACAGCCAUAGCAAGUUUCAAAAUGCACCCCUACUCCUGUGACACCUUUGUGGCUCUGCCCCCCUCCACUGAGAGACAACGCAUCAUUUUUGGGAAAAACUCCGACAGGCCUUGUGAUGAAGUCCAGGAGGUGGUGUAUUUUCCUGCCAGGGACUAUGGUGCAGGGGAGAAGGUUGAGUGCACAUACAUAGAGAUUGAGCAAGUUGCCCAUACUUAUGCAGUUGUGUUGAGCAAACCAGCAUGGCUAUGGGGCGCAGAAAUGGGUGCAAAUGAGCAUCAAGUGUGUAUUGGAAAUGAAGCAGUGUGGGGCAGAGAGAGUGCAGAUGAUGACGAAGCUCUUCUCGGCAUGGAUCUUGUCAGGAUUGGACUUGAGAGAGCCAAUACAGCUGAGAAAGCUGUGGAUGUUAUUACUGAGCUGCUGGAGAAAUAUGGCCAGGGAGGAUCUUGCAUGGAGGAUGAGUGUAGCUUCACCUACCACAACAGCUUCCUCAUCUCAGACAGGAAGGAGGCGUGGCUGCUGGAAACGUCAGGGAAGCACUGGGCAGCAGAGAGAGUGGAAGGUGGAUAUCGCAACAUCUCAAACCAGUAUGGCAUAACAACUAAGAUAGACAAGGAACAUCCAAAAAUGAGGGACUAUGCACAAAGCCAGGGCUGGUGGGAUGGAGAGACCCAGUUCAACUUUGCCACGGUCUACUCCUUUACCACUACAGCCAGAAUCGAAGCCUCUGGGAGCCGAUACUGUGAGGGGAAGAAGUUGCUGGAUAAGAGCAACGGUCACAUCACUGCUGAGACAAUGAUGGAUAUCCUGAGGGAUAAAGACAGUGGCAUCAACAUGGAGGGCAUGUUCAUGACAACAGGAAGUAUGGUGUCUGUGAUACCCACGGAUCCUGCUCUGCCAGGGGUUCACUAUUUUACAGCAACUCCAGACCCUGAAAGGUCUGUAUUCAAACCCUUCAUCUUUGUGAAGAACAUUAAUGAGCUGAAGGAGACGUCUUCUCCCAGUUACGGUCCAGAUGACCCUGUGAAGAAGAAACCCCGCUUCCAGAGCAAGCCUGACCGCAAACAUGAGUUGUUUGUCAAACAUGAACUUGUGGCUGCCAUCACUGAAUCCUACAAGGAUAGAGGAAAGAAGAUCACAGAAAGCAUGAGGAAGCUGGAGAAAGAAAAGAUGACCCAGAUGGAGGAGAUUCUUUCACAUGGCAUUGAGGAACCAGAUUUUUUGGCGAAUCUGUUCCCAAGCUCUGUUCGAGAGGAGAUGGCAGUGUACGGAAAAAGCUGAAACCACAAAACAGGUCUCCAGGGUGACAUUAGCAGUAUAUGCUUCUGCAUUUUACCUUUUAGUCAGGUAUAAGUACAAACACACUUGUAUAAUAAAUCGGAUCACAACUGAAUAGUAGUUAACAUAAUUGUAUUAAAAAACAUAAGGCAGCCCAGGAUACAUAUGUUGAUGUACAAUGUGGAAUCAAAUGUUGACUUUUAUGUAUUUAAUCAUAUACAGGAAGGAACAAAUUCAUUAUGUGAGACAUGUUUUGAGGGUUCGGUAAUAACAUUUAUUUUUAAACAAAUCCAUAUCAUAAAUAUGCAGUCUUUGACUGAAUUUGUGUGCCACACACUAUUAAAGUAUUUUUUUUUAAUUAAAGACAAUUUUUACACCAGUUUUCUCAACAUGAUUGAGUUAAUAAUAAACCCUUGCAACACAAAAAAUAUAAUUUAGUUUUCUAUUUAUAUUUCUAUACCUGAGAGAAUAAAUGAAUUACAGCAACUCAUACAUUCCCAACUUCCAAUGUGAACACUUUCAAGUAAACACAUGCAUUAAUGCCGUCUGAGUUCUGACACUCAUUUCAAAUGGUUAUCACUUAUUAAAAAUGAUAACCUUUUAAUUUUGAAGUGGCAGUUUGCUAAAAAAGUAAUAAAACAAUUUUAACUUUAACUGAAUCAUAAGUUAAACUAACUACAAACAAACUAAAAAUGGAUGCAAAUUUAACCACAUCUUCCCUUUUUCUCUUUUGGCAAAGUAGCUUCGGAAGAAGAUGAUAAUGCACUCUGAAGUGUCCAAGUAAAUGAAAUAAUACAUUCAGCAGAAGAGUGGGAUAUUUUGCCUGCAACUAUAGUUUGUUUUAUGAGGAAAGCUCUUUGUGCAUUGUCACUCCCAAAAUGACAAAUUAAACAACUGAGUCCUAAGUGCAUAUAUUGACUGUAUAAAAAUGCUUUUAAAAAAGCAGCAAAAUCUUGUUUCACCCUUUAACAUUGGUUAUACCCGUUAUGUUAUUCUUGAAAAUGCAUAUUAAAAGAAAAAAAUCUUGGCUUUAAUUGUUUUAGUUUUGGACAUCCUUUUCAGUUAUGUAAAUAUUUUACUCACUGCAGAUUAAAGGAUGGAUCAUCAUCACUACAACCAGGUCAAACAGGGCAUUGAAAACAGACAAUUUGACAUGUAAAUAAACUAGCUGAGUACCAUAUUUAUUUGCACUGGCAAAUCUUCAAAUUCUAAUUGUCUACAACAGACAGUAAUAAUUUUAAGACUGACUUUUUGAUUAAACUCUUGAACUCUACAGUACUAAGUAGUUAGGUUAGGUAGUUGGUAGUAGGUAUUAUUACUGCCAUUUCAGGUACUCCCACUUUUAAGUUUUACUGCAAAAUAAAUGGUUUUGAUAAAAUGGCUAAA